CUCUCACAUCCCAGUCCACCUCCCCUCCUGAGUGUGUGCGGUGUGCCUGUGAUCGGCUGGAGGGGCACUCUGGACUGCGCUUUCUGGACAGUACUUCACCGUUUCCUCUCCAGGCUCUCUGAGGACACCGAGCUGCAGUAUCCUCUUUGUUCCGCAGAGAAGACGUUGAGGCUUGUGACUCAACUCUUACCUUCCCCGUCCUGCGGGAUCUCCCAGGGGGAACGCUACGAGCCAUUGCUUGUUUCCUUUUGAAUAUAUAGAAUUUAAAGAAGGACAAUGUUUUCACUACUCCUCUUCACCUUCGUGGCCUCGGUCUGUUCCCAGAGCAAGCUGCUACCCGGCUCCUGUGACUUUGAGUCCAGCACCUGUGGCUACACUCCAGACACACACUUCAGGAGCUGGACCCUCAACAAAGAUGGCCGCUUCGUGACGGUGGACAGCACCUCGGAGGGGGAGCACCAGGAGGCCCCAGAGGAGGGAGGCGUGGCGGCCCAGCGAGGGGAGGCCAGCGCCAGGGGGGUGCUGCUGAGCCCGGUCCUGGACCAGGAGGACUGGAGCUGCCUGAGGCUGGUGUACCAGAUCACCGGGGCGGGCGGCCUGGAGGUGCUGCUCCGCAGCGAGGGGAAGGGCUUCGACAGGCCCCUGUGGAGCAGCCAGGCCCCGUCCGACAGCUGGGUCAUCUCCAGCAUGGACCUGCCAAACACCACUGAGCCCUACAGGGUGGCCAUCGAUGGCAGUCCCGGGGAAUUGCAGGGCAGUAGCGUGGCAAUCUUUGAGAUCCACAUCAGUCCAGGAUAUUGCCUGGAGUGUAACUUUGAGGAGACCCACUUGUGUGGCUACAGAAACCAGUGGAACACCAACGUGAACUGGUACAUAGGAGGGGGGGUGGCUGUCCAGAGCGAUCUGCCAAGCGAUAACACAUACAGCAACAAAAUCGGCCACUUCAUGUACGUGGACUCCAUCUAUGCCAAGACCUUCAAGGAGGUGGCCAAGCUGGUGUCGCCCAUGACGACCGUGCCCAUGUCGGGCUGUCUGGGCUUCCAGUACCAGCGCGGGGAAAAGCCCGGGAACCGGUUUUCCGUGUACACCCGGGACCAGCUGGGCCAGUACCAGGAGGUGUGGAACGCCGCCUCGGAGAACCAGACCAACUGGGUUGCCGACCCCUCUGAGUGGAUCCCAGUGCAGGUGGACGUCAAGGCUCCGUACCCAGUACAGGUGGUCUUUGAAGUGGCGUUCAACAGUCAGCGCGGGGGUCGGGUCAAGGUCGAUGACAUCACCUUCUCCUCCGAAUUCUGCAGUGCAGACACUGAGCCGACCUUUGACCCUUCCAUUGCGAACUGCGACUUUGAGUCUGGGCUGUGCCACUACACCCAGGACACCAACCUGGGCUCGGCCUGGAAGAGGGUGGCCGUCAAGCCCAACCUGUUCAGGAACGGGGACCACACCACAGGGGCAGGAUCCUUCCUGCUGUCCCAGUCCAGAGUGACCCCUGGCUCCAGACCGGGAGCCCGUUUCAGCUACGUCAGUCGCCUGGUCAGCCCCCUACUCCCUGGGAACAUGAAGUACUGCCUGAGGGCCCAUUACUCUCUGAGAGGUUUCAGCCAGACGGAGCAGGCCCUGGUGGUGUACCUUCAGCAUCAGAGCAGCAAAAAGCAAGAGAAGGUCUGGACCCAGGGGGAGAGGUCCAAAGGCAUCUGGAUCGCCAAUGACAUCACCUUCCAGACCACACAGCCGUCCAAGCUGCUGUUUGUCAGCAUCUGCAGGAGUUUCUGGGACUGUGGCUCUGUGGCGUUGGACGACAUCAGCCUGAGCCUGGGAGACUGUGAGCUGAAGGCAGGGCUGUCCCUGUCCGUCCCCGGCCACUGUGACUUUGAGGCGGGCCUGUGUGGCUACACCCAGGACAAACGGGGGGACGCUGGCGACUGGAUGUGGAGGAGGGGGUCCACCCCGACCUCCUACACCGGCCCAAGAGGAGACCACACCACGGGACUGGGCUACUACAUGUACAUGGAGGCUUCCCCCAUGAUGCCGGGACAGGGCGUGAGGCUGCGUUCGAGGGCCCUGCGGGGGUCCCACCUCCCCAAGUGCCUGAGGUUCUUCUACCACAUGUACGGCUCGGGGGUCGGGGAGCUGCGCGUGCACCUGGCCCGGGACGGGGAGGACACGUUGCUAUGGAAACGCGCGGGGGAGCAGAGCGUGGCCUGGCUGCGGGCCGUCGUGGAGUACCACUCGGACUAUCAGCAUCAGAUCGUGUUCGAGGCCACCAGAGGUUCAUCAGUGAGAAGUGACAUCGCAAUUGACGACAUCGUCUUUGAGAACGGACCCUGCAAAGAAAUCGAGAUCCACGUGGCAAACGGAAGCUCAAACGAGAUCGAGUAGACUGGAGAGAGGAGACGAAGUCGGGGGAGAAAUGGAAACCUAGGGAUGCAUGAGCCUGAAGAGUUUUGCACAUGACGGACAAAUCAUUUUUUCUAGCUACUGACCCUUCUGGGUGACAA